AAUAUUCAAAAUGGCGGACAGAGGAUCAACGACUCAAGAUGAGCGCUCGACUGCAGCAGGGCCCGUCAGAGCUUGUUUCUGGAGCUCCUGGUGUGUCAGAUAGCGUUUGGGUCAAGCGGCCACUCAUGGAUGCAGAUUCCAGUGGUUGCCCAGCAGAUCAGAGUAAAAGCAGCAUGGAGAACGGAGCACAAGGAGCGGCAGAUCAGGCCAACGGUCUGGACACCCAUAAACCAAAUGGACAAGAAACAAGUGCAAUCAGCAAUGUCCAGGCACAAGCGCUGCUCCAACAGUUGAGUUUAACUCCAGCGCAGUUAUUGUUGCAGCAAACGCAGGCACAGCUCCUCGCCGCAGCCGUGCAGCAGUCUGCAAAUCAACAGAGCAGCACCACUGGAGCCAAUAUCUCUGCCUCUGCGGCCACGCCCAUCACACUGUCCCAGCCAAUUCAGAUUGCGUCUCAGCUGCAGCCACAGGGUUUGAACCUGCAGCAGUUCGUGUUGGUUCAGCCAGGUCACUCCAUCAGUCCUCAGAUUCAGCCACAGUUCAUCAUAUCACCGUCACCUCAGGGUCAGACCGGUCUCCUGCAAGCUCAAAAUCUCCUGACCCAACUACCUCAAAGCCAAGCUAACCUCCUGCCAACUCAGACCAGCAUCACCCUCACCACACAGGCGGCCACACCUACGAGAAAGAUUGCAGCCAUGCCGGCUCCAGCGUCGGCCACUCCGAAGCGCUUGGAUGCACCAUGUGUGGAGGAAGCCAGUGACCUUGAGGAACUUGAACAGUUUGCAAAGAACUUCAAACAGAGGCGCAUCAAGCUGGGCUUCACUCAGGGUGACGUGGGCCUGGCGAUGGGGAAACUCUAUGGAAACGACUUCAGCCAGACCACCAUUUCCAGAUUUGAGGCCUUGAACCUGAGCUUCAAGAACAUGUGCAAACUCAAACCUCUGCUAGAGAAAUGGCUCAGUGACGCAGAGAACAUGUCUGCUGAUUGUGUGGUGUCGAGUCCGAAUGAAACGUCUCCCGGUCUCUGUGAGAGUCUGAACCGGCGGCGUAAAAAGCGGACAAGCAUCGAAACCAGCAUCCGUCUGGCCUUAGAGAAGAGCUUCCUGGAGCAGAGUCAAAAGCCGUCGUCAGAGGAGAUCACGCUGAUUGCGGAUCAGCUCAACAUGGAGAAGGAGGUGGUACGCGUUUGGUUCUGUAACCGCAGACAGAAGGAGAAACGGAUCAAUCCUCCCAGCAGCAUCGGUGGAUCGCCUGGAUCAGCCAUUAAAACCAUCUACAGCAGCUCCACCACAGCAGUGUCCAGCGGCACAAACACACUGACGGUCAGUUCUGUGGUUCCUCUGAACAACAGCAGCAUCUCAAACCUCACACUCAGUGGUGGAGCUCUGGGUCAGGUGAUGUCUAACACGCCGUCUGUCAUCUCUGUGGCUCCUGCUGUGGCCACGCCUGCCCCCGCCGUGACGUCACACUCGCUCAGCAUGUCCGCCACCACUGUAAAACAGGAAGUUGCUGCUCAGCCAGUUUCCACGGCAACAACGGCCACGCAGGGGGCAGGGCAGCUGCUGGUGACAGGUACAGGACUGGGCGGUGCUAAUCUGACUGCUGUCACGGGCUUGAACCCAACAAUCAUAACGCCGUCACAGCUGACGCAAGGUGGGGCAUUUCUGAGCUUGGCUCCUGCUCUGGGAAAUGCUUUUGGUCCUGCCCUGAUGAACAACAAUGCACUGGCCACCAUCCAGGCUCUGGCUUCGGGCGGCGCUCUGCCUCUGACCUCCAUUGACGGAAACACCGGCCUGCUAUUCGCCAACACCAGUGCAGGAAGCUCUGCCCCCAGUCUGGUGACCACGCCCCUCUUCCUCAACCCAUCCAGCCUCUCUCUACUACCAGCCAAUCUGCUGACAGCAGGUGGGGCUGGAGGCGGAGCUCUCAACCUGCAGGUGGCCAGUGACUUACAGCAAAAUACCGUUGCCAUGACAACCAAGAGCAUCGCCUUGGCCUCGAAGGCUCAGUGAGUGCAUACGGCUCCGUCCAAUCCUGUGCUAUUACCAAAAACGCUUCUGACACGGUUGGUACUUCCUGCAACCGAAUGUCCGUGUCACACAUUUGAUGCUCGAGGAAAGGGUCAGGAUUGAACUUUAUUUUUCAAUCUAUUUCUUAAACUAACGUCUAAAUUAACCAAAAAUGUGACUCUUUCUGAUUCUUCAUGAGAGAUUAUUUCACAUAACAGAGUUUAUAUUGACUUUCUACAAGGUUUUCUGUUUUUAUUUGCAGCUCUGUGAAAUGGGCUGAUUGUAGAUGAUUUCAGAUUUAUAACCAAAAGCGUUUCAGAUCUUUUAUGUUGCAAGUUACUGCAGCGCUGGGUGGAGGUUCUAUCAGAUGACUUUUGAAACUAGUACUCUAACUCGACAUCACUUUAUUAAUAUGGUUAGAAGGCUUUAAACUAGAAAUAAUCCGUCACAGUGAGCGCUGCAACUGUGACAGAUGUGAGAGAUGCAAAUGAACUCUGCGGUCACAUGUUUGUUUGAACAUUGAUUCUAUUUGUAGUUUUCAUGUGAAUCAGCAGCGAAUCGAGUUCAUUUAACUGAAAUAUAUUAAAUCUGUGUGUAAUCCCACCUCACAUGUAUGUCUGUCAUAUGAAAUGUUGGAUGCUGAAUGUUUGUUUUCCAUGUUUCUAGUGAUUUGAAGCCUGUGAAUGGAUCGAUCUGAUCAGAGUGUGAAUCUCAUGAUGACACAAGCUGCACGUGUUCUUGAGAUUUGCUCCGUAACGUGAUUGACAAGAAACACUUUUUUUCAGUCUGUGAUGUUGCAGUAAUUAGCCUCCUUCAUGUUUUUUCCCAAAUAUAAGUGUUUUUCUUUCAGACUGUAGCUGCAUGUGGCCGUUAUUGAUGCGCUGUCACCUGUGAAUCUCAGCGAACAGAAUCGCAAAAGAAGCUGCAACCAAAGCCAGUCUCUGUUUUGUUUUUAGUUUAGUUUAGUUUAGUUUAGUUUCCCGUGGUCGGACAGAGACAUGUAGCGUGUGCAUGAGCGCAGCGGUCAGAGGUCAGAAAUACCUCCAGCACUGAUGUUAAAGCUGCUUCCUGUGAUGCGUGGAUCUUCAGCUGAAGACUCUGCUCUCAGAACUACUGUGUACAGUGUCUCUUAACACGUUUCUACUUCAUUUGUUUCUUUGCCAAAGCAGAUGUGUUUUUAACUUUAGCUUUCGUGGCGCAUUUAACACGUUUCAUUGACGUCUCGUUGUUUUUAUCUGCUUUCCAAUAGUCUGUGUGAGAAACAUAAAGAUGGAAAUAUCAGCACAUGUAGUUUGAACAGUUUCGGCUUAUUUCCUCAGAUCAUUUUCUUUCUUUAUACACUUGAAAAUACUGAAACAAGGAGGCAGCAUUGAUCUGUUAUUAUUAUUUAGUCAUUUCCAUUUUUGUCUCAUGCUGUAUAGAUUAUUCUGUAUAUCAGUGAUUGUGUGCGAGCUGCUGCGCUUUAGUUUCAUGUUUAUUGGCUUUAUUAUUUUCUGCAGGAAUGAGAAUGUGGAUGAAAACCAAAGAACCAUCAGCUUUGUGCCGCCCCUCUGUUUCUUUUCAUCCUUAGUCAAAAAACACACACUAAAUACAAGGAUUAUAUAUAAAUAUAUGAACAUUUGUUUUAUUUUUGUGGCUCCCAAGGCAAAAAUACACAAGUGUGAAAACCAAAGAUUUGCCUUUCCCUUAAUUUUUUUUUUUUUUUUUUUUAUGUAUAAUUUAAUUUUAUUUAAUUUAAUUUUUUAUUCAGAUAUUGAUUUUCUGGUGGAAUAUGAAUCAAGAGAUAAAUCGUCUUUCUCGUGAGUUGCUUCUGAGAGAUGAUUGUGAUUUUAGACUGUGUGUGAGAUUCUCUACAGAAUGUGUUUGAUACAGAAGGGCUGUUCACACACAGACACACACACACACACACACACACACAAGCUCAUAUAGACACACUCUCGUUCCUCUACAGGUUUUCGUUGAUUGAUCAACUCACAGUUCAGUUGGUACUGUUUGCCGUAGAAAUGAUCCUUUCUGGAUUUGUGCGUUUUUUUUUUUUUUUUUUUUUGUUUGUUUGUUUGUUUUUGCUGUUCAUGAUCAGAUAGGAGUUUGUCAUGUUGCUGCAGCUGUAGAUUUCAUUAAAUGUUUUUUUCUCAGACUUUU